AUGCCCCGCUUGUCCCGUUGCGCUGUGGCCGUUCUGGCCUUGGUGACUUGGAGAGAGAGCUUCUGCAGGAGCUCCAGGAUAAAGCUGCCAAAGCGCACUUCUCUCCGCGUUGCUCCAGAAACUGUAGAGGCCUUGGAAAUCUUCGGCCUUGACGCUGUCCCAAACUUUCAAGAGUUGCGGCGAGCGUUUCGAAGGUUGGCGGCCAAAACCCACCCAGACGUCACCGGAUCGGCCGAGUCCUUUCGUCGAGUGGUGGAAGCUUACCGACAUCUUCAAAGUGUCGACCCCAGCGGAGGAAAAGAUGCUGUGGAUGAGUUCCUGCAAGAUUGGCUGGAGGAAAGCAAAGUUCCUGGCUGGGGGGACUUCUCUCAGAUCGAGAGGGAUACGGACGAUGAUGGCUGGGCAGGUCGCGCGGCCUUGUUGAACACCUUCGUCAGGAGGCAUGAUGCCGCAGCAGAGGGCGGGGUUCAAGAAGGUGAUGUGGUGAUUUAUCGCUUGCUACAACCCCAACAAAAUCGUGGCUGGGGUGUUGGUCGCAUCAUCGCCCUGCAGGUCAACUACAGCAGGAAUGGACCGAAUGGUUUGCUUCACAUCCAACCACUUUGUUCCAGCAGCCGAGCUCGGAACCUUCUUGAAGACGACCUCUAUGCGGAGAUCGCCAUUACGCGUGCCACCGAUCGGCUUGAAGUUCUCUCCGAUUGGCAAGAGCUGGAGGAUGGCAGCCUUGAGUUGAAGGAGUUGAGUCGUUCACACGUCCGAGCUGUGCUCUCCGGCAUGGUCUUCCUGGAUGGUUCCGCGUUGGAAUCCUGGAGUUCAGCUCAAGCAGAUGUCAGCCGCCUGGCUCGUGCCAGGAAUUUGCUGAUGGAGGUUUGGACCUGGGUCUCAGCUGGCUGCAAUGGCAGUUUGACCCUUCAAAGCCUUUUCUGCUGGCUGACUCUGGCCGUUUCCGUGGUGCCACUGGCUCAACAAGCAGUGCGUUUGAAGCCGGUGCAUAGUACUGUGAAGUCUGGGCUCCAACGAGUGGGUCUGGCGGCUCCUCAUCAUCGAGCAAGCUCUGCAGCCAAGGCUUGGACCGCAGCGCUUUUCCUGUUGGACGGCACUGCAGAGGCUUGGUGGUGGUUGAAAGGCAUUCGCAGCUUCGAGAAGGCACCUCGACCUUGGACAGACAGCGAGGAUGGAGGGGUUGGCGUUGCCCAGUCAGCAAGCAAGCCCGAGGAUGUAUGGCAGCAGGGAGAAGACCCAUUUGAUGGUAACGACCCCACUGCUGGAGCACUGGAGUUCGACCGCGACCUGGAUAAGGAGAUUGACGAUGUCCUCAGAGAUGAUGGAUAUCAACUGGACGAGUCGACAUCCCUGCAUCGUAUGCUGAGAGCCAGCGCUCCUGACGUAUCCGUAUCCCCUGCUCGAUCAUCAUUUCCCCAUUGA